UUCAGAGGAGAUGUGGCAAGCUCUGCGUUCCCGAUUCGAUUCUUGCCAAAACAAGAUUUCAGAUGAGCCAGUUGAAGGUGACUCAGGAUCGGCAUCCGCCAAAAAUGUGAGAAAACAGGAGCAGAACUUCAGAGGACCCUGGUACUUGGCCAGCGGUUUCCUUCUGUUCUGGGCACUCCUGUUCUUUGCGGUUGUGGUGCCACUCUUCUACCGUCUGCCCAAGGGCUUGACCAUUGAAGAUGCCUCCAAGGGCGUCUUUAUCGGCGAACGUGCCCAAAACGAUCUUUAUGGCUUUGACGAGAUCGGCACCAAAGUAGUUGGCAGCGAUGGCAAUGAGAACAAGACAGUCGAUUACCUGUUGGGCAUAGUGGCUGAAAUACAGGAGAUGUGCCUGGACGAGUACUUCGACAUGGAAGUUGAUCUGCAGGAGGGAUCGGGACAAUACAUACAUUGGACCAUGGUCAAUAGGUAUCAGGGAGUGCAGAACAUUGUCAUCAAGCUGAGUCCCAAGAACACCACGAGUGAAACUUACAUCCUGGUCAACAGUCACUUUGAUUCCAAGCCAACUAGUCGCUCUACGGGCGAUGCAGGUCAGAUGGUAGUCGCCAUCCUGGAGGUCGCUCGAGUUAUGUGCACAACCAAGCAAACUUUCCGGCAUCCCAUCGUCUUUCUACUCAACGGAGCUGAGGAGAAUCCCUUGCAGGCCUCGCAUUGCUUCAUCACCCAACACAAGUGGGCCCCGUACUGCAAGGUGGUUUUCAACUUGGAUGCAGCUGGCAGUGGAGGUGCCGAUAUUGUUUUCCAAAGUGGACCCAACAAUCCCUGGCUUGUAGAACACUAUAAGAAAAGUGCCAAGCAUCCAUUAGCUACCACCAUGGCUGAGGAAAUUUUCCAAACAGGCAUCCUGCCUUCUGAUACGGACUUUGGCAUCUUCGUUACCUAUGGAAAUCUUAUUGGUCUGGAUAUGGCUCAGUUCAUUAAUGGUUUCUGCUAUCAUACCAAAUACGAUCGAUUUGCGAACAUUCCCCGAGGCUCCAUACAAAAUACGGGAGAGAACUUGCUCAGCCUUGUGAGAGAUAUUUCAAAUGCCACUGAGCUGGAUAACAUGGCGGCUUAUGCCAGUGGACAUGCCGUAUUCUUUGAUUUUCUGCGAAUUUACUUCAUCAGCUACACCGCGAGCAAUGGCAUUAUUCUGAACUAUACCGUGGCCGGAGUAGCCCUUGUCCUGGUAUUCAUAUCCAUCUGGCGUACUGCAAGCAUUUCCUCUGCAACCAUUGGCUAUGUUCUUAGCUGGUUCAUCCUAAUCCUCGUUAUUCAGAUAAUAGCUUUCGUGCUUGGCUUUGGUCUGCCAAUAGCAAUAGCCUAUGUCUUUGACAAGUACGGACUAUCCCUCACCUACUUUAGCACUCCGGCCUUGUUAAUCGGUCUGUACAUAUGUCCCAGUCUACUUGGACUGAGCUUGCCCUCCUACAUCUACUUGAAGUUACAACGCAGCAAUAAGGUAGCAUUUGCCCAAAGACUACAGCUGGUUCUCCAUGGUCACGCAGUAGUGCUGGCUAUCCUGGGCAUUGGAUUGACUGUUUACGGACUGCGAAGCACCUAUGUGGUCACCUGGACCCUCAUCUUCUACGUAAUUCCAUUGGCCAUUAAUCUGCUGACUACUCUGCACGAUCGUGGCUUCUCCUGGACUGGUAUGCUCAAGAUCUUCCAAGUCUUUCCGUUCCUGUACAAUAGCUACCUGAUUUACUGUUUUGUGGUUACCCUGAUUCCAAUGAUGGGACGAUUCGGCAGGUCAACCAACCCGGACUUGAUUAUCUCAGCUUUAAAUGCUUUGGGAACCAUUUUGGCCUUGGGUUUCUUGAUACCCCUCGUUAAUAUGUUCCGACGACCCAGCCUGAUACUGUUCAGCCUUUUGGCCAUAAGUGCUGUGACCAUCUACACUGCUAGUUCUACUCAAAUUGGUUUUCCCUAUCGACCAAAGACCAACGUCCAGAGAGUACCCUACUUGCACGUGCGACGAACUUUCUACGAAUACGAUGGCACCGUUGUUAAAGAUGACUCCGGCUAUCUAUUCAACUUCCAGGAUCGUCGAGGACCGAGUCCUUUGUCGACAUAUAAGGUUAAUCUGACUGGCUUGACUAGCAUUGGUCCGUACUGUGACACGGUUAUGAUGUGCGGCUUUCCGCUUUACGAUCAUCGGUGGGUUAAGAGUCGUGAGCAAAUUAUGUGGCUUCCUCGAGAGGAACCAGUUAUUCCUCCAUAUGUGCCGAAACUGGAGCUUUUGGCCAAAACGGAACUUGGAAACAAUACGGUGCGUUUGGAGUUCAGGGCAAAUACUUCGGAUCACAGCAGCGUUUUUAUUAAACCGUACGAGGAUGUUGUCAUAGCAAAUUGGUCCCUGCCUUUGAGUUACAUUGGACAGCAAACGACCUCUCAUCUUUACUUCUCGUAUGGCAAGGACAACUCUCCUCUGACCUUCUUUAUUGACUUUUGGAAACUCGAUGCUGAUUUUACGGUACCGUUAUCCCAGGUAGGAUUAAGUGUCCAUUUCAUUGGCAACCCUGGCGACAAGGUUAGUCAGCUGUUUGACCAAUCGCUCCCACAGUUUGCUGCCUCUGUUCAAUGGCCAACCUCCUAUCAACGUUUAAUUUUCUAAAUACCUAGAACUUGCCAUUUUCUAAUCAUGAUUGUUAACUGAAACCAUAUG